AUGCAGUCUGCCAGUGUGGGAGGGGCGGGGGAGACGGGGGAGGGGCGGGGGAGACAGGCCACGGUGUCAGCGGUGAUGAAAGCUAUCUGUCAGGCGGGGUGGGGACCCGGGCUGCCUCCGCUGCCACUCACAGGGUUCCUGGGGGAGCCCGACUUUAACCCUGAUGCCCCGAACAGCGCCUGGUUCUGUGGAGAGAGGCCACAGAUUGUCAAGACUUCAGCUCUGUCAGCUCCACUCCCCGGCCUCCGCGGACCCGGAUCUCAGACACCAUUGAGGAUCUGUCGAGGCUUUGUGUCGCGAGUUUCCCGGGCGGCGAUGGAGGACGUGGUGUUUUUCCUAACGGCGUCUCUCUCAGAAGAACGACUCUCCAGUGUCCCGCAGUCAGAGCUGAACUUGGAGACUCUUCUACAAAGACCAGACCGGGCCCGGCACCACACUGAGGGAUCCACGGAGAGGGUUCUGCCCUCCGUCUGA